CACUGACUCAGAACCAUGGCACCCCGGGGUGCAGGCCUGGCCACCUGGAGUGCUGGAAAUGAGCGGGGUGGGGUUGUCCUGGCAUAGAUGUCACUCUGGUCUGGGGAAGGGCUUGGUGUUGAUCCAUGAGAUCUGGGAGGCAUGUUGCCUGCAAGCAGCCCCAGGAAGAGGUCUCCAAGGCUAGUGGUCUGGGCCACCAUUUCCAGCCCCCUGUCUGCUGGUUUGGCAGGGGCCAGCCCUGUCCAGCGCACUGUGGGGUCUGCCCACCUUCCACUCCAGGACUCCAGAGGUUCCUCUUUGUUCUGGCCAGGUUCCCCCAGGGGCUCCAGGCUGCCUCUGCAUGUUUUUUUUAAGAUUUUUUAUUUAUUUGACAGCAAGAGAGGGAGCACAAUCGGGGGGAGUGGGAGAGGGAGAAGCAGGCUUCCCUGUGAGCAGGGAGCCCAAUGGAGGGCUCCAUUCCAGGACCCUGGGAUCGCAACCUGAGCAAAGGCAGAUGCUCAACGACUGAGCUGCCCAGGCACCCCUGCCUCCACAUUUUGUGUAGUCAUGACUGCAGCCUAACCCUGGGUGCCCACAGGGCCACUGCCACACCAGGUUCUUGAAAGUGGGUUCAUGAGGUGAUGGAAGACUUGGGUGGGGGGUUAUUGCCCAUCCACUGGGCCAGACUGUCAAUGGCCUGUCUGCCUGUGCCAUCCAUUACCUUCCUGCCGCCCCCACAUCCGGCCAAGGUCAGGCUUGGUGUGCAUCCUGGAGGGACCUGUCUUGGGGGCGGGCCAGGCAGUCAGACAAGUCUGACAGGUACCCUGGGAACCUGGGAUCUGGAGGGAGUGGUACCAAGACAGCACCCUCCUGCAGGGAGGAGCACCUAGAAUGCAGCUGGGGGUAGGCAGAGGACUGGGGUCAGAACUGGCAGGGACGUGCCAGCCAGCGGGAGGAGGCACCAACAGGUAGGAAGAGCCCAAAGGCCACCUGGUGUCUGUCAUGUGGGGAACCUCUGGCACUUGUUCUGGGCUUCCAUCAUUGCUCUGUGCUGCUGGGCUCCAAUCCUGAGGCUUGGGUGUCCUCUUUUCCUCAUCUGCCCCUCCUGGAGUCUUGAAUGGACCCCUUAGGGUCGAACUAGUUCUCUUAGAGGUCCCUAUCUUCUGCUCCUCUCCAUGUUGGAUCCUCCCCAUUGCUUGUCUGGGGUCCUUCCUGGUGAUGGGUCCUCAGCUUUCCUCUCUGCCCCUUCCCUGCCUGUCUAGCUUAGGACCUAUUGUGCCCCCUGGGUCUGUCCCUGUCCCCAAUCCUCUGCCCUCCCAUCUAUUCCCCGCCCCCUCAAGUCCUGAAGCUUCCUCGACUUUCUACCUGGACACCCUUUCUCUCUGCUUCUACCCCGCGAGCGAGUCGCUUACUGUUCCUAUUCUCUCUGUUCCUUGGCUCUACACCGCCUUCUUUGGAUGCCCCUGCUCUGUGUUGGCCAUCCCCUCCAGAGUCCAGUCCCUGACCCUCCACAGACCCUCCUCCAUUCUUCCACCGCCUGCUUCCCUGGCUGACGGCCCGCCUCUCCCCUCAGGUCCGGUCCGGAUGCCGUGCCCUCGGCCUCCCUGGCUCCGCCGUCCUCGGGCCCCUCGGGGCUCGGGUCCCAGCUCCCCGAGCUCACUCUCUGCGUUCCGCUCCCCCGGCAGGGAAGGGGAGGAGGAGGAAGGGGACGGCAGCCCGGGCUCCGGCCCCAUCCUGACCCCCGCGUCCCCCGGGGAGUGUCUCAUUUGUGUGUCACCCUUCGACGGCGUCUUCAAGCUGCCCAAGCGCCUGGACUGCGGCCACGUCUUCUGCCUCGAGUGCCUGGCUCGCCUGUCCCUGGCCACGGCGGGUGGCGGCGACGCGGUGGCCUGCCCCGUGUGCCGCGCGCCCACGCGCCUGGCCCCGCGCCGAGGGCUGCCCGCGCUGCCCACGCAGCCCGGCCUGCUGCCCCGCGACGCGCGCGCGCCGCUGCGGCGCCAGGGCUCGGUGCGCUUCGACCGCCGCCGCGGCCUGCUCUACCUGCGGCCGCCGCCGCCCCCGGCCGGAGCGCGCAAGUGCCGCGCCGCGCGCCCGCCGCCGCCCCCGCCGCCGCUGCGCCUCGGCCGCCCGCUGUCCCGCCGCCUUUCCUUUUCCAGCCCGGCCUGGGCCUUCAACGCGGCAGUGGCGCUGGCGGUGCUGGUGGCCGCGGGCCUCGUCGUCUCGGGCGUCUACAUCUUCUUCCUCAUCCCCCACGCCGCCUCCUCCGACCCCGUGCGGCCCCAGCUCGUGGCGCUCGCCCCGGCGCCCGGGUUCUCCUGGUUCCCGCCUCGGCCCGCACCGGGGACGCCCUGGACGCCGCGCCCCAUGGGCCCUGACCAGGACCGCGCCCUGCCAGGGGCUGCGGACGACGUGCUGGAGCCCGAGGAGGGCUCCGAGGACACAGCGGAGGCUGAGGGGAUGCUGGACAGGCCCCCGGAGCGCACGUGGGGGGCAGAGGCCGGCCCGGGCUGAGCUCCGCGGGGACGGGGUGGGAGGACCGUGUGGGGGCCACGGUAAAUGCAUCUGUGCUGCAGUCCUCUCUCCAGGCCUGGGGACCUCGUGUCCUGGUGGGGCCCUGACCAAGAGGCAGCCUGGGGAUGCCUGUGGGCGCUCCAGGCUCAACUAGCUCCUUGAUCCUAGGGGAGGCCUUAGCAAGGUGCAUGGAAAUUACCCAUUUCUCUGAGGGGAGGCCUAGUGGGAUCAUUCCAGGCAUCAUCACCACGGAGCAGGGACCCUCUCAAGGAGCAACCCCUGCCUUCAUUCCCACAGGGGCCCUCUGGGAGCACCCGUGAUCCCAGUCACUGGGGCAUCCAGCUGAGGCUGCCCUGACCCCCAUCUUUGAAAAGGUCCUUCUGGGAGGCACUCCUAAACCUCGUCUCCGUGGGAGUCCGGCUAGGGAGCGCCUCUGACCAACAUCGUGCAAGUACCCUGCUAGGGGCACCAUCAGCCCCUACGGAGGGUCCUGCUGAGUGCCCCCGCAGUCAUCAUCAGACCCCUGGGGGAGCAUCCUCAGCUAGCAGCUAGGGCUGAAGGCUCUGAUUUACUCACCCUGUGGGCGCACUGCAGGGCUGGAGGCCCCUAUGUUUGGUGGCAAAGCUGCUACUGCUGUUGGUCUCUGGUCAUACCCCCCUGCCUGGCCCAUUGCAGCCCUCCCCACCCCCACCGAGGCUGUGGAGCUUAUUUUCCCUCUGCUGCAUGCAGGUUGGGUCUGGGUGGGAUCCAGCUGUUUCCAUGCUGGUCUUGGGUUGUCUCUCUGCACACAUGGCUGGGGCUUGGGCUUGAAGGGGCAGGGGUGGCCUGGCCAGGGCUGAGGAGGGACACAUAGGGCCUGAGCCUCUAAGAUUAGCUCCCACUUAGUCCUGAGCACCAAUCUGCAAAUGGAAGCCUCAACUACUGCUGUGGGUCGUGGCUUCUGGGAUCCUGCUGACACGCUGUGGGGCAGCUGUGGUCACCAAGGCUCAAAGACAAGGUUGCCCUCUGGGUCAGCGCCACAUGAUUUUGGGGGUGGCUGCUCCUGGGUCUCUCUGGCCUGCUAGGAGACAUCCUGGCCUCUCCCUAGGUGCUAGAACCCCCAUCACCCCCUUCUCUACUCAUCAAUUUCUCGGGGCCAGUUAUGACACCUCCUCCUCCAGAGCUCCAUCAACCUUUUUUGGCAUCGCUGUUAUUCCCCUAGGUGAAGCCUCAGCCCUGACAGCAGCCUACAGGGAGGGCGGCUCUUGGGUUCCUGUCCUCCUCCUCUCAGAAGCCUUCCUGGGUUAGUCAUCACAGGCAGAUGGCUGCCACCCUCUACACAAACUGAACACAGGCCUUCUGUAUCCCCCCAGGCUCUGGAGCCCACAUCCUGUCUCACUUCACCCAGAGCCAGGGUUCUGUGUUUUAUGGGUGGGAAUGGGGCAUUUUCCAGAGAGAAAUGUGACUUCUGUGGGGCUGGAGGCUCUUGUUUGAUUUGUUUAUAUGUGUGUCCUCAGUGCUUGGCAUACAGGAGGUGCCAGAUAGUUUUCUGGGGAGUGAUAGCCUUGCAGGUGACCAAGAGGCAGCCUGGGGAUGCCUGUGGGCCCUCCAGGCUCAACUAGCUCAUAGCCACCCUGAUCUAGGCAUGUCAGUGGAGCUCCUUUUGAUGGGAGGCGCUGCUUCCGGUUGGGAAGCCAGAGGGGGACCAUCAGGACAUCAAAGGGGGGACGACUUGGUCAGGCUGGAGCAGGGUUGGUGGUCUAGAUUAGUUUUCGCUGACUGCUGCAACAAAUAACUGAGUUCCUUAGAACAACACACAUUAAUUAUCUUAUAGUUCUGCAGGCCAGGAGUCUUGAAAUCAUUUUUACCUCUAAAGUGAAGUGUCCUCAGGGCUAACUCCUCUGGAGAGUCCAGGAGAGAAUUUCCUUAGCUUUUCAUCUUUUAGAGCUACAUUCCUUGGCUUCUUCCUCUUCCUUCAUAUUUUGUUUUAUUUUUUAAAGUAAUCUCUACGCCCCAUAUGGGGCUCAAAUUCACAAUCCCAAGAUCAGGAGUCCCAUGCUCUACUGAUUGAGCUGACCAGGCACCCUGUCUUCCUCUAUCUUCAAAGGCAGCAGCAUCGCAUCUUCAAAGCUCUGACUGUCCUGCCUCCCUCUUUCACUUAUAAGGAUACUGUGACAACAUUGAGCCUGCCCCGAUAAUCCAGGAUAAUUUCCCCAGAUCGACAGCUUAAUUUAAUCACAUCUGCAGAGUCCAUUCUGCCAUUUUAGGUAGCAGAUUCACAGAUUCUGGGGAUUAGGAUCUGGCGAUCUUUGGGGGCCAUUAUUCAGCUUACCAUGGAGUCUCAGAUAUUCCUCUUCUCACCCCUUCCUUCCUCCACCCCAGGCUGGGAGAGUGGGGAGGGGCAGAAGUUGGGCCCAGCCAGGGGAGUCAGAAAGGGGCCCUUAGCUGGUGGUGCACAGAAGGGGGGAAAGAAAAUGCUCCCUGCCUGAGGGUGUUCAAGAAAGGCUUCCUGAAAGGAGACCUGUACCUUCGAAAGAGCUGGCAUCAAGGAGAGGGACCUGGGGCAGUAAGGGGGUGGCUGAGGGCAGUGGGCAGGGCUGACCCCUCCCCUCGUCCUAACUAGCUUCCUCCUAGGGGCUAGGGAAAGUAUGGCUUCUCCAUUUUCCCAACUGGGAGACUGAGGCCCCAGUCUCUCCUCCCUUAAAAUGAGGCUGAUGAUAGAUCCCAGGGGUCCUGAACAUUCCUGUCUGCUAAUUACUACCUAGAUGCCUGCCCACCUACUGCCCACGAACAAAGGGGUUGCCGAAAACCACCCUGGGGCCAGUGUGAUGGGGGCCUCCUCCCCAUCCUUGCCUACCAGCCUCUGGGGCCACCCUCCCUGCCCUCCCUCUGCCUACUUCAGCCCUGCUGCAUAACCACCUGCCGUGGGCUUGCUCCUCCUCCUAGGUCCUGGUGCCUGUGAAUACCCAGAGAGGGGGAGUCAAUCUCAGUGCCUGGCAUGGUGCCAGAGAUGCCAGACCUUGGUUCUCUCUUCUGUAAAAUGGGUGACAAUAAACACCUUACUUGCAGGGAAAAUUAGUUAAUCUACAAGUAUUUAUUGAGCCCCUGCUAUAUACCAAGGGUGCACUGGGGACACCUCAGGAAAAAGGAGGGCCCUCACAUGGCACAUGACAUCCAGAAAGCUGAGCAGAGGAGCCAUCAACUUGGCCACACUGCCUUCCCUGUCAAGCUCGUGGAGUCCCCAGUUCCCCAAACCUUUCCCAGGUUCUCCUCCAGCUCUGCUCCCUUUGCCCCCGGAGGGACGCCAAGUGCUCCAUUCUACAGGGAUCUGGCCAGUCUCUCCUCAUGAGAGUCAAAGAGGCCCCUGCCCACACCUCACCCGUCACCAGCCAUCGGGUCAUCUUUUUUUUUUUUUUUUUUAAGAUUUUAUUUAUUUGACAGAGAGACACAGCGAGAGAGGGAACACAAGCAGGGGGAGUGGGAGAGGGAGAAGCAGGCUUCCUGCCGAGCAGGGAGCCCGAUGCGGGGCUCGAUCCCAGGACCCUGGGAUCAUGACCUGAGCCGAAGGCAGACGCUUAACGACUGAGCCACCCAGGCGCCCCUCAGGUCAUCUUCUUGAGGCCAAGAGAACAAGGGCCACGGAGGGCCCCCACUGGACUAAGAAGGGCAGUAUCCAGACUGACAUAUGGGGAAACUGGGGCUGUCAGGCUGGGCAGGGUGUGGAUUCAGACUGGGACCAGAGAACUUUCUGCAAAACACCUUCUCCCCUCAAUUGCACACCCUGGUAGGGUAGCCUUGGUCUUUCCCCCCGCUUUCCCCCCAUCCUGCAAUCAAAGUUCUCUCUCCAUACUUGGAGGCUUCCCUCCUCAGUAACACCUGCACACAAACCAGGGGGGCUUGAGGGAACUUCUAGCAAUCCUGGCUGGGGGCUACUUGAGUGUCCUCACAACAUGGCGAUUGGCUUCCCUCAGAGCAAGUGAGCCAAGAGAGAACAAAGCCAAGAAGCCACAGUGCCUUUUAUGACCUAGCCUCAGAAGUCACAUUCUGUCAUCUCCCCCAUAUGCUAUUGGGUACCCUAUUCACUAUGGAAGGGAACUAAGUGAGCAUGCGAAUACAAGACAAUGAGACUCAUGGUGGUCACUUUGGAGGCCAGCCCUCUACCUAAAGUGGAGUCACCAGCACAGUCCUCUGUCUUCUUUAGCCAAGCAGGCCCGUGCCACUCCCUUGGACCUGCUCUCUGGUGAGAGAGUCCCAGGUGUUUGGUUGAAUCCUCACGGUGAUGACCCUGUCACCCUUUCUGUGAGUGUUGGUGAGGGAAGGGAGAAGCCAGUGCCAGACAGUAGCACCAAGUAGGGAGUGUGGCAGAACCAAGGAGAGAAAGGGAAGAGUGUCUGGCUUCGUUCUUACCUGUCUCCAGGCUCCCAAAUCUUAAGGGAGGGAGGAAACAUGGAACUGUGGGUGUUGGCGGGGUGCGGUGGGGGGGUCGAGGGUGGUGGCAUUAGAACAGCUGACUCUUCCAGGCCCCUUGCCCUCCGAUGUUGGAGGAGUGGGACUGAAGCAUUGCAGUGGUUCAGACCUGGACUAAGCACCUUCCUGCUGCCGUCUGUAGUGUUUGCACAUCACUGCUGGGGGAGGGGACGCAGGGGGGCAGCAGGUGGCAAGGGUGCUAGGGACCAGCUGGCCUGUUGAGGAAUGUGUCUGAGAUCAGAGAUCUGUGCAGGAAGCUGGAUGUGCUGCCCUCACUCCAUGCUGUCCGGAACCAGCUGGCACGGAUUCAGGGGCCUAGUGAGGCGCCAAGGCAGCUUAAUUGUUUCGCAGCGGAAGCAUGACUCAUCCCAGGAUCUACCCUGUCCUACAGCCUCGGUGAGCCACUGCAGUCAGCCCUGCCCACUGUACCACCAAAUAAGAGUGUCUUUGUGCACCUGGAGCCUCGAUCCACACCAAGUCAUCUAUGCCAACAGCGUGAUUUAUGGUGGGGGCUUUAGGCCGUGCUGCACCAGUUUGGUCUCUGGGGGAGCCAGAGACUGAGUAAUAAGGUCAGUUACAUGGGUGCUGCACGACUUCGUUACUAUUUCCCAGUGAAAACCCUGGGCACCAAGACUUAGGUGAGUGCACCAGUGGCAACAUUCCAUACGUGUUGUCAUAUAUAUUGUUUCUGGGAGAAGCGAGUGCUGCGUGUGACUCCACUGGGAGAGGACAUCCGAAAGCUUGUGCCUGAUCUAUCCUAGUAGUCCCUGUUCUAUAUGCCUCUUUCCUUUGCCGGAUUUUAAAUGAUAUCUUUUCACUGCAAUAAACUGUAAAUAAGGGGCGCCUGGGUGGCUCAGCGGUUAAGUGGCUGCCUUCAGCUCACGUCAUGAUCCUGGGGUCCUAGGAUCGAGUCCUGAGCCAGGCUCCUGCUCUCCUGCUCAGCAGGGUGUCUGCUUCUCCCUUUGCCCCCCCGCCCCACUCAUGCGUGCUCACGCGCACGCACUCUCUCUCAAAUAAAAUCUUAAAAAAAAAAUAAACUGCAACUAAGAAUAUAACAGGUUUUCUGAGUCUGUGAAUCCUCCUAGUCAAUCUUCAAAAUGGAAGGCUCUGAGGCAACCCCUGGCUAUCCUGCAGGGCUUGGCAUGGCCGCCUCCUACCAGCUGCUGACCUGUGACUGGAAGGGCACCCCGGCAAUCUUCACUCGCAGGCAGUGCUGGGCCGGUCACACCGCAGCUGUUAUGUAUGGCCACCUCUACCAUUUCCCUCUCUAGCAAAUUCCUUCCAUCCACUUUUGUUUUACAUACAGCUUUUGCCAAGCUCUGGUUAAAUUCUUCAGCUCUGUAACUUAAAAAAAAAAAAAAGUUUUAAGUUUUAAGUAAUCUCUGUGCCCAAUGUGGGGCUCAAACUGAUGACCCCCAGUUGAACAGUCGUGAGCUCUACUGACUGAGCCAGCCAGGCACCCCACCUCUGUAACUUCUUAAUCAGGAGCCAGAAAACGUUUUGUGUAAAGGG